AUGGGGCAGACGCCUUCCACCACAGCAUCUUCAAGUAGUAGUAGUUCGGCUCGACUGGACAAUGCAUCUACUCGAACAUUACAUUCUACAUCGAUAGAUUCGCAUCGACCCGUUUCUUUUUUCAAACGAAUCUCUAACAGGCUUCAUGUAACCCAUCCUGCAAGGCGUUUUGGGAGAUCUAGGUCAAACAACGCAACGACUCUCACUACUGCCACACAAAACACUGGUACCGAUAAUAGAAUCAAUAGCCGACAACGCCAACAACAAGACCGGCGUAGUAGCAGCAGUAACACCAGUAGACAUCAUUAUCGAAAUACACUACAUACUUCUUCUGCUUCGAUAACAUCUUCAGUCAGACGAGCGACUCAAGAGGCAGCACGUUCAGCGGCAGCAGCCACCGGCCCACCCGCGUUCACAAGCUUUUUAAUACAACCGCAACAUACCAACAAUAACAACAGUAGCAGUCGCAAUAGUUUGAUAUCGACAUCAACCUACGAGAAUAAUAAUUUCCUGAAGAAUGAAAUUAUUACAAAUGAUAACAGUAACCAUCUAAACACGACAGGCGCUUCCACUACUACGAGCCAUGGCGGAGUACAAUCUUCGGCGUCGUCAACCAGUACAUCUAGAAGGAUGCAUAUUCUCGUCAUAGAAUACCGACCUAACUCUACGAAUACGGCUACUACUCAACAGAUGACCCCAUUGGAACCAUUAACAGCACCGCCCACUUACCGGUUUUUAGGGUUAAGAAGACCAAGGUCUGAAGUAAGCACAACAUCUUCCACAGAAACUAUACAAUCUAUGCCAUUGUCAAUGAAUUCAACGCAGACGAAUAACCGUAGUAUACUGAGCGCCUCAGCAGAGGGACAAUGGAUUGUCUAUGUCUUGAAUCCGAACAAUAAUUCAAUGCCCAGCGUGGGCCAUAAUAACAACAAUAACAACAACAACGCUACUCUAAAUAGUCACCUUCAAGCAUUAUCCUCCUCUUUGAUCUUGGACGAUAACCCAAGUUAUGAAGAUUUAUUAUGGCUUACCAAUAUUUUAGGACCAGCCAGGCCCAAUACGACUACACAACAAGCUGUAGACGAAGCCAUUCCUGUCAUUAGUUGGUCUAAUGAUACCAAAAAGGAAUUGAAGGACUACCAAUGUUUGGUUUGCUUAGAUGAAUUUGCAACCAAACAGCCUGUGCGAGUUCUCAAAUGUCAUCACGUAUUUCAUAGAGAAUGUGUGGAUCGUUGGCUAUGUGAAGCUCAUAAUUCGUGCCCUGUGUGUCGUGGAGUGCCUGUUUAA